AUGGCUCGGCGUGCGGGAGGGAGCCUAGAAGAGAGAGGAGGCGCUCAGCACCCGCAUGCACGCGACGGCGAGUGUGACGACGGAGGCGACGGCUCGCUCUAUGGCUUCCGCCCACGGCACCGACUGGCGGCGGAGGAGAAGGAGGCGGCGCGGCACGCCGAGGAGCUGCUGGCGGAGGUCGAGGCGGAGAAGCGCGCCAAGGGCAAGAAGGGCAAGAAGAAGAAGAAGGGCGGCGGGAGUGGCGGCGCUGGGCCGUCGCAGGAGAGGGAGGCGCCGGCAGAGGCAGCCGCAGCCAAGCCCGCGCCGUUGGACAAGGAGGGGCUGCUCCGGCUUCUCGCGGAGCUCCACGAGGACAGGAUCCGGUUCGGCAUCACGCCGGAGACGCGCGCGUCAGCUGCCGCCGCGAGGGCCAGGGCGCGGGAGGCGGCCUAG